UUUGUUUUUAAUUAUUUUACGUGCGUUCUUGCUACUGCGUCUCUUUUUACUCCUUAUAUUAAUCGACUCUAUCCUUUUUAUUUUAUUUUCGGUACCAUUGCCUAGUUAAGAAAGCGAUUUUCCAUACACCAUGGUCGGCAUCGCACUUUUAAAUCUCGCGCGGUUCUCGCUGUACAUUGCCGCCAUUGUGCUCGCAGUCAUCGAGUUCAUCGUUGACGCCGUCGCCCUGGCCGCGCUGAACAACUUUGGCCUCAGCUCCGGGCCCGUGGGCGCCGCUGGGUGGACAAUGUUUGUCACCAUAAUCUCCCUACUCAUCCUGCCCAUACUGGCAUUUGGCAACGUGCUUACUCGCAAAAACAUUAAAUUCGUGCACCUCUUCAACCGCAUCCUCUACGAGCUGAUCAUCGUCGGCACCCUGUGUCUGUUCCUCUUCAUCUCUGGCAUUGUCAUGGCCAACUAUGCGGGCAGCGGCGGGUGCUUUGGAAUCUCAGUGUGCUCAAAGUUCAAGGCUGCUACGGCAUUCCCCUGGUUGUCGUUCUUUGUGCUCUUGGUGCUUUCGGUCGUGCUUACUUUGAUGCUGCUUAAGGUGCGCAAGAGCGGAGGCGAUAUUAAGGCGGCUUUGUCGUAUGAGAUCCAGGAUGAGUACCCGGCGGUUGCUGCUGCGCCCCCACAGACUGCAUCUGAGCCUUACCCGGCGGCAGUGCAGGGUGGCAACAUCAGAUAUUACGACUCUCACCCUGACGUCAGCAUGCCUGUGCCACGCGAAGAGGUGUAAAUAUUGUGGUUUAUAAGAAAAUCGGUCUUCUGUUUUUUUUGGUAUUUUAAAUUUCAUCGCACUAUUCCAACCGUGCUCCCGUUUCUUUUCUUUUUGAACGGAAUACAAAAUUGUAAUUUAGCAAAUACUUUCAAUACAACAGAGGACACGCGCUCCAAUUUCGCUACUAUGGAGCGUGACCGUGACCGUGACCGUGACGUGACGCGAUGUUGUUACUACCAAUACUGCUGCUGCUGCUGCUGCUGCUGCUGUUGGUGUGCAUAAAGGGGAACAAGGUCAGUUGGCGAUUGUGGCCUUUUUCAGGUCUUGUA